CCCUCUUUCUCUCUCUUCAGUUUUCCUCUGCUUUUCCACCGUCUCUCGCUCUACUGUCCCUCCAGAGCAGAGAGAGAUUGUCACGCUUGUCUUGUCCACACUCCCACCUCACCACUGUUCAAGGUCCAAACUUUCUCUCUCCACAGCCAGCGAACCAGGAAAAGAAAUGUUCACCCUCUGACAAUCAAAAGACGUGCUUCUAAUCAUCCUCCUUCCAGACCCCUAUUUUCUCUCUCUCUCAAAUCUUCCUUCCAUUGUUGUCUUCACUCAACAACAGCCAAACGACAAACGAGAAGAAAUGGAAUCGCCAUCACCCAUCUCCGCCCAGCCGCAGCAGCAACAACAGCAACGGCCCUCUUCCAAGAAGAGCUUCGUCACCACUCUCAUGGAAGCCGCCACUCUCCGCUCUCCUUCCUUCAAGGAGGACACCUACUUCGCCUCCCACCUCAAGCCCUCCGAGCAGAAAGCCCUCCAAGACCUCAAGCUCAAGCUCUCUUCCUCCCGUCCCUCGGACUCCAACGACGGCGACGGCGUUUCCAUGUGGGGCAUCCCUCUCUUGGGCGGCGACGAGCGGGCCGACGUCGUCCUGCUCAAGUUCCUGCGAGCCCGGGACUUCCGGGUAGCCGACGCGCACGCCAUGUUGGAGAAGUGCCUGGCCUGGAGAAGCGAGUUCAAGGCCGACGGCAUCGUCGACGAGGACUUGGGCUUCAAGGAGCUCGAAGGCGUGGUGGCCUACAUGCGCGGGUACGACAGAGGAGGACACCCGGUGUGCUACAACGCGUAUGGGGUCUUCAAGGACAGGGACAUGUACGAGAGGAUCUUCGGGGACGACGAGAAAUUGAAGAGGUUUCUCAGGUGGAGAGUCCAAGUGCUGGAGAGAGGGAUCAGUGCGCUGCAUUUCAAGCCCGGCGGUGUCAACUCCAUCAUCCAGGUGACCGAUCUCAAGGACAUGCCCAAGAGAGAGCUCAGGGUCGCGUCCACUCAGAUCCUGUCCCUGUUCCAGGACAAUUACCCUGAAAUGGUCGCUCGCAAGGUUUUUAUCAACGUCCCCUGGUACUUCAGCAUGUUGUACUCGGUGUUCAGUCCGUUCUUGACUCAGCGGACCAAGAGCAAGUUCGUCAUCUCCAAGGAAGGCAAUGUUGCAGAGACUCUCUACAAAUUCAUUAGGCCAGAAGAUGUCCCUGUUCAAUACGGAGGGCUGAGUCGACCCAGCGAUCUGCAGAAUGGUCCUCCGAAGCCAGCGUCUGAGUUCACCGUCAAAGGCGGAGAGAAAGUCAACAUCCAAGUAGAGGGGAUCGAGGCUAACGCGACGAUAACAUGGGAUAUAGUGGUGGGAGGCUGGGAUUUGGAGUACAGCGCCGAAUUCGUGCCCAACGCCGAGGGGAGCUACACCAUCGCGGUGGAGAAGCCCCGGAAGAUGUCCCCGUCCGAAGACGCGGUCCACAACUCCUACACCGCCCGCGACGCGGGCAAGAUGGUCAUCUCCGUGGACAACACCGCCUCGCGGCGAAAGAAGGUGGCCGCCUACCGCUAUGUCGUCCGCAAAGCCCCCGCAUUUUAGCCCUGCUCCCAAUUUUUUGGUUCCAUCUUAUUUUCCUACCUCUACUUUGUUAAAGAGCUUGGGCAUUAUGGUAGUGAAUGGAAUGAUGUAUAAAUAUGUGGUGCUACUGGUUAUCAUAUGGAAUCCUAUGUUGAA